AUGAUCAGCACGAUGAUGGACAAGAUCGUCAGCACAAUAACGAGCGAUACCGUCAGCAUGACGACGAGCAAGAUCGUCACAAAGAUGUCGAUCAAGAUGGUCAGCGCGAUGAUGGGCAAGAUCAUCAGCACGGUGACGAGCAAGAUCAUCAGCACGAUAACGAGCAAUUCCGUCAGCAACAUUAUAAGCAUGACCGUCAGCUCGGCGACAAAUGAUUUUAAUUGGUUGGAAAGCCUCAUCGUGAAUACCGAUGGAAUUCUCAUCGGUUACAACAUUGCAGUUCAUGAUAGUCUUGCAAUUCCUUCUGCUUCAACAAAUACAACUGAUGUUGAUGCUCUUCUUUCCGCUAGCACUCUUGUCACUGCUUCUUUUACUCGAUCAACAACUGCUGUUUGUCAUACUACUUGUGCUACAACUGUUACUGCUGCUUCCAUUACUGAUUCUCAUAGUUCGACAACUACAACUACUGGUGCUGCAACUGCUACUGCUAUUAGCACUACUGUUUCUCCUAAUUCUUCAACUUCAAAUACUGGUGCUACAAUUGCUACUGCUGCUAUCACUACUGAUUUUUCUGGUUCUCCAUCUACGACUACUGGUGCUGCAACUGCUACUGCUGUUAGCAACACUGUUUCUUCUAGUUCUUUAACUACAAAUACUACUCCUGCAACUGCUACUGCUGCUACCACUACUGAUUUGCCUGGUUCUUCAUCUACAAAUACUACUCCUGCAACUGCUACUGCUGCUACCACUACUGUUUCUGCUACUUCAUCAACUACGACUACUGGCGUUGCUACUGCUGUUAGCACUAGUGUUUUUCCUGGUUAUUUGACUACAACUACUGGUGCUGCAAGUGCUAGUGGAACUAACAUUACUGUUAUUCCUAGUUCUACUACAAUGACAGUUGCUACUACUGAUGUUGCUCUCGGGGGAGAAACCCAACUCCUACCGAGCGCGUCCCCGGGUGGCGGAUAG